CCCGAUUCAUUUACACGUCAAUAUUGUAUUAAUUUCCGACCUAUUGCCCACACUAUUCAGAGCUUCUAUACCAAUUGCCGUGUAUCCUAACUUCUUACUCCGGAAGGCUAGUUACCGACUCUCAAUUGCGCUGCGCAUCACAACCCACAACCCAAGCAGCAUCAUGUCUGGCCUCACCGAUUACCUCACACAGUCGGACACCAAACGCAAGGCGGACGAAGAGGAUGUCUCCCCCGCCACCAAAAAGGCUCGCACCAGCGACAAGCCCAAGACGCUCCGUCAGCUCCAAUCCAUGCCGCUCGACGACCUGGCCGAAUACGCCUUUUCGCUCCAGGAACAGCUCGCUGCCCGGCCACCCGCUCCCCCGCCUCUGAGCGAUGAGGAGUUGGAAGCGAAGGCGGUACAGCUCAUCGACAUCUGCAGGCGGGAGAUCAAGAAGCAAAUGAAAUGGCAGCCGAGUUGCAAGCGGGGGACGACGAAGUGGAGUUACCAGGGGAUGGUGCCGAAUGAGGAUGUAUUCUACCGCAUGGUGCGGAUCGAGAAGGGGAAUAAGGGGUGGAAGAAGAAGCAGAUGCCGAUGGCUGACUUUCGGAGGCGGUUUGGGCAUGUGGAAGCGAGUAUUCGAUAUGGAACCUUGAUGAUUACUGGAGACCAUGUCAACGUGCAGUGGGAUCCUGAGGAGAAGACAUUCAAGCUUAGCGGGACUUAUGGCUUAUAGGCAUACGUCUAUUAUCGAUCACUAAGGAGAUCAUCCGGCAAAGGCUGCGAUAGUUGGGAGACUCCUUCGGAUGACGUUGACAGUGGCACAAGACGAAUAGGGACGAGUGUAUCAUUAUUACGUAGAGUUUCUCUCUGUCGAUACUGUAAUCAUAUUUAAGA